AUAAAUGUUUGUUGUUCUCGGCAAAUAUAACCUAAUUUCAACUUUGUUUUUUCCCAUGGUUUUUAGGCUAGCCGCAUCUUAUUCACAGUAGAAAGUUAUAGCAGUAUCUUCGUGUUUAUAAUGGCCACAUUUCAAGGGAACGACGGUUUUUAUCAGUCUAAUUACAACAACGCGAAUCAGGACCCGAAUUAUGGUCAACAACAGCAAGGAUAUGGUGGUUACUACGAUAACCAAGGUGGGUACAACCAAGGGGGUUACAGUGGUGGAUACCCCCAACAACCCCAACAACCAAUGAUGAUGAACCCUACGUACAACAACGCAUAUUCCGGUGAUAUCAUGCAGCCCCAGGAGCCUGUCAUGGGGUCCAUGCCUCCGGAUUCUUACUCCGGAGGUUUUGAGGACGAGCCUCCUCUCCUGGAAGAGCUGGGCAUCAACUUUGAUCAUAUUUAUCAGAAGACACUUGCAGUGUUGAACCCUUUCACCAUCACUGAUGCGGGGAUUAUUAAGGAGACGGACUUAGCCGGCCCCCUAUGUUUCUGCUUGGCUUUAGGAGCAACUUUAUUAUUGGGUGGUAAAGUAUCAUUUGGAUACAUCUAUGGCAUCGGCGGGCUAGGAGUUGUAGCAAUAUAUGCCUUGCUUAGUAUCAUGUCAAUGAAUGGAGUCACCGUUGGAUCUGUGGCCUCUGUCAUCGGGUAUUGCAUUCUACCUAUGGUAUUCUUAUCUGGUUGUUCUCUUGUUAUCUCAUUAAAAGGAGUAGUUGGCAUCAUACUCACCUUGCUUACGGUAACAUGGUGCAGUCUAUCUGCUUCCAAACUAUUUGUAUGCGGAUUCGACAUGGAGUCCCAGCAAUUACUUGUCGCUUAUCCAUGCGCUCUCCUAUAUGGGGUGUUUGCGUUGCUCACUGUAUUUUAACUUUAUUUAAUGGAAGCAUGAACCUACAUGCCACAGGUCAGCUUGCACAUGUGCACAUUACUUUCUGCAUGAACCACAACCUAUUGAAACUAUUUCAACAUUUGUUUUCCAUCAACGCUUUUGUGCUAUUUAUUUGUGUACAGACAUUUCAACGUUCUAUAUAGGUAAUCUUUAUAAGUGUGUAUGACACUCUAAAAUACCUGUACACGACGUCAAAAUGUUGGUACCCAAAUAAAUGCCAGACGAACCGUUUUAAAAAACAAGUGUAAUAUGCCUGGCAGCAAUCGUUUAUAAAUAUGUGCAACAUUUUAGCUGUCUUCAUAUAUUGCAGUCAGUGAUAUUACCUUUUUAUGUAAAUAAUUCAACCAAAAAUUCAUUUGCAUUAAUAAUCUUAUAUAACGCCUAAUAUCAUUGACUGUAAUUUCUUGCAAUCAUAAUGCAUAUUAGGUCAUAUUAGCAAGUGACGUUUAUUCUUAUUAUAAUGGUGUUGUGUACAAAGACACUCGAUACAUUCUUGCAUAGCUUUGUCAAGUUAUAAGAUUUCAAUGAGAAGUUUUUAGGAUUCCUUUAUCAGGGGAUUUCCCUGGUUCACUAUCCAUUUGUUUCACCGUGUCGGGUGGCUGAAAGGAAAUAAAGAAAACUGAAAAUGCCUAUUA